AUUCAGGUAGAUGGUAGAAUUAGCUGCUGCUCUCAUUUACGAUCGAUCGCCAUUUUUACUCCCCCAUCAACCAUCACACGCAAAUCCAUUUACUAUAUAUUUAUAUAUCUUCAAAUAUAUAUAUUUAUUCCUGCAUUUAUUUUCAUACGGAAUUUAUCGACUUCUUCGAUCCCUCACCAACCUCUCUUUUUCACUCUGAAAAUAUUGGUUUUAGAGAGAGAGUUCAGAGAACAGCUCCAACAACAAUGGAAGGUGUCUCUGCGACCACGUACAAGGUGGGGUUGAGAGGAUACUGGAGGAGGAGAGGCUACGAGAAGUUAAAUGGGUCGGGUCAUAGGCGGAGGACACGGUCGGGGCAGCUGGGUUCGUCUCGGUGGAGAUCACGGUUCUGGAGGUGGCGGAUCAAGAUCACGCCCAGGCUCCGAGUCCUGAGACUUCCUUCACCCAAGAGUCUCUUAGUCCGGCUUCGCGACUGGUACGUGAAGCUGAUGCUCCGACUGGCCAACUCGCGGGUGUGCAGUGUCGGCGGGUACGGUACUAAUACUGUGGCGGCCUGCGAUGGGUUCCCGAGAGGCACACUCAAGGAGUACGACGAGAAAAUGAUCGUCGAGAUAUACAAAUCCAUGGUCAUGGGGCAGGGCCAUCUGGUUCCUCGCCAAACAGCAAAACUUUGCUCUGAAAGUUUCGGAAGCAAGCUCAAAAGUCUUGGAAAAUGGAGGGUAGAGAGUACUUCAAGUCAGAUUGCUAAGAUAUUAGAAGCGGUCCUCGGCCAUUAACAUUUUUUUGGCCUUUCUGUUGAGCAAUUCAGCGGUUGCAGUUGAUUCAAAUAACCAAAUCCUUACUGCAUUGACUACAUCGAGCUUCAUUAGUAUGUCAUAGACCGUGC